AUGCCGAUAUUAGCUGAGCUUACAGGCGACGAGAAUACAAGCGAAAGUUCACGCACAUUUGUUUUCGAAAACGAAGGCCACACGUUGGGAAAUGUGCUUAAAAGCAUCAUCUGCAAGUACCCCGAUGUAAACUUUUGCGGCUACACGGUUCCACAUCCGGCAGAAAACAAAAUGCAUUUCCGCAUACAGGCUGCCAAGAACGUCCGAGCAAUUGAUGUCCUGCGACGUGGCCUGGAAGAUUUGGAACGCGUAUGUGACCAUACGAUAGAUACGUUCGAAGCAGCAAUAGCAUUGCAUCAGGAGGAAGCUUAA